AAACGUUUUUUAGGAUUCUAUAUUUGUUUCUUGUGCAGAACGAACAGCAAAAAUAAGAAGUAUAAUAACAUAGGUGAAGUGAAAUAUUUUGUUGGAAACCGCUGGAAUUUACGUGCAAAGUUAAGUUGACGCAAUUGUGAUCCAGAAUGGCGUAUGGAACAUACCCCAAAAGCAGAAUGAGAAAAAUAAGUGGAAAGGGGAGGUGAUUGAACCAAUGAUUGAAAGGACUUUGAACCAAUGAGAUUACUAGUAGCUUGCGCGACUGAAAUAUUUGCCAAUCAUACAGAUCAUGUCGGGGCAAAUGCUAUCGUUUUACAUGUUCCGGGGUGCUCGCACAGGAUAACAUUUCCUGCCCUGAUGCAUGGUGGUCGAACCGAAGGGAUUGUUGGAAAUUUUAGAGCAACAAUGCUUUUGGCUCAGAUUAACCGGGACUCCCAGGGCAUUGCAGAGUUCCAAAAUGCAGGUGGAGACACUCAGCAGGUCACUCUGUGUUUGGCAGAGGCUGUUUCAGAUGGCGAUCAGAUGGACAUGGACACUGUGAGUUUGCAGGCUGUGACCCUUGCAGAUGGCUCUACAGCUUACAUACAGCACAACCCUAAAGUCUCCAUUUCAGAUGGCAAGUUCAUGGAUGGACAGGUCAUCCAGCUGGAGGAUGGAUCUACUGCAUAUGUCCAACAUGUAUCAAUGCCAAGAGCAGAGGAGGCCAACAGGUGGACAGGAUCCCCUUUGUGUGAUGUAAUUGGAGGAGAUGGUCUGAGACUUGAGGAUGGUCAGGCUGUGCAGCUGGAAGAUGGCACAACAGCUUACAUCCACACACCAAAAGAUACCUAUGACCAGAAUACCCUGCAGGCUGUUCAGCUGGAGGAUGGCACCACAGCUUACAUCCAGCACACAGUACAGAUGCCCCAGACCAACACCAUCCUGGCCAUCCAGGCAGAUGGAACCGUGUCAGACCUGAACGCUGAUGGAACCCUCGACCAAGAGACCAUCAACGUGCUGGAACAAUACACCGCUAAGGUGGAAGCUGAUGAUGUCAACUCCGUACUGAUGAGAGCUGAGCAAGAUUGUGGUGUGCAGAUGCAGGUACUAUACUUCUCAUGUUUAUCUAUGUCAUAUCAUAUUUACCAGCAGCUUACAUUGGAUACAUAUUUCUUUCAGAUUGUGCUUCAAAGGCAGAGUGGUCGUAGUUCUAGGGAGCAGCCUACAGAGAAAUCUUUCCGCUGUGACUAUGAGGGCUGUGGGAAACUCUACACAACAGCACACCAUCUGAAGGUACAUGAGAGGUACCACACAGGUGACCGGCCAUAUCUGUGUGAUCACCUGGGGUGUGGAAAGAAGUUUGCUACAGGGUAUGGCCUGAAAAGCCACAUCAGGACACACACUGGUGAGAAGCCUUAUCGCUGCCAGGAAGUGCACUGUGCAAAGUCGUUCAAGACGUCAGGUGACCUCCAAAAGCACAUCAGAACCCACACAGGAGAGAAGCCAUUCAUGUGCCCGUUUGAGGGGUGCGGGAGAUCGUUUACUACCUCUAACAUCAGGAAGGUGCACAUUCGCACACACACAGGGGAGCGGCCUUACUAUUGUGCAGAGCCUGGCUGUGGGCGAGCCUUCGCCAGUGCCACCAACUAUAAGAACCACGUGAGGAUCCACACAGGAGAGAAGCCUUACGUUUGCACAGUCCCAGGCUGUGACAAGCGGUUCACAGAGUACUCCAGCCUUUACAAACACCACGUUGUCCACACACCAUGCAAGCCCUACAACUGCAACCACUGUGGGAAGACCUACAAGCAGAUCUCCACCCUGGCCAUGCACAAACGCACAGCGCAUAACGUCACAGAGCCCAUUGAGGAAGAGCAGGAGGCCUACUACGAACCCCCUACAGAGGCCAUCGAUGAUCCCUCAGUGAAUUUUGCACCGGUUGAGGAGGAGGAGGAGGAGUCCUGUUCGGAACAGAUGACUGAGGCCAUUGGUCAGCAGCAUGUGCAGCUCAUAACACACCCAGAUGGAACCCAACAGGUCAGUAUCUCCCAGGCUGACAUGCAGGCAUUGGGAAACACAAUUACCAUGGUAACCAGUGAUGGCACCACCUUCACGGUUCCUUCCCAUGAAAUGCUUAAUGCAGAUGGAACACAUUCAGUCACCAUGGUAGCAGCAGAUGGUACAGAAGAGCAGGUGGCCAUUGAUUUGGCCUCCUUUCAGGGCAUGCAGACAGAGGAGGGGGUUCACCCUGUCACUCUGUUAGCCACCUCAAACGGCACACAGAUCGCUGUCCAGCUCAGUGAACAACCUUCACUCGAAGAAGCCAUCAGGAUAGCAUCAAGAAUACAACAAGGAGAGAUGGGAUUGGAUGACUAGAUAAGAUAAGCCUUUCAGUACUAUGACUUCUAUUGAAAUAUUUGAUUUGACGAGAACAACUGAUCUAUACAAAUUCUACAGUUUUCUGACUUAAGGGUAUUGUUCUUAAAUCAAACAUGGAAUUCUUUAUUAAGAUUUGUAAAUAGACAUUUUGAUAUGGCUGCACAAAGAGUCUGAAAUGCUGAAGCAUCCAUUACUUUGUUGAGUAAGAUGUGUGUUGCUGCAUGAAUGAGAUUAAGAAAUGUAAUGUGUUUUUGGACUUUUGGUACCAUUUUUCCAUGUGUGAAUAUUGUAUUCUGUGUAUAUACAGUAAAUAACCAAUGUUUUGAAUCCAGCAUAUAUUUUAACUUUGAAUAUGUACAAAUAAUGGAUACGCAUUGGUUGUUAAAUAAAGCAGUACAAUUCUA